UUCAACUGUUCAACAAUUCCGCGUCCCAUCGUCGGCUCGUCCCUCUCUCGAACCACCCAUCGCCCCAGCCGUCCUAAUCUGUCCUCUCAAGCCGUAGCCCCGAGUCGACUCCCCUUCUCAUCCCAAUUUACCAAACCCUAACCCUAACCCUCCUCAUCCAAUUUAUCUCACCCAGCGCGCGCGCGGCCGCCGUGGCGGGCGACCGAGGAUGCCGUCCGGGUCUACGCAGUUCCGGUACACACAGACGCCGUCCAAGGUGCUGCACCUACGGAACAUGCCGUGGGAGAGCACUGAGGAGGAGCUCGUCGAGCUCUGCAAACCAUUCGGCAGGGUUGUGAACACCAUGUGCAACGUCGGAGCCAACCGCAACCAGGCCUUCGUGGAGUUCGCAGAUCAAAACCAGGCAAUUUCAAUGGUUUCAUAUUAUGCUUCAUCUUCAGAACCUGCCCAAGUUCGUGGUAAAACUGUAUAUAUCCAGUAUUCAAAUAGGCAAGAAAUUACAAACAAUAAAGGCACUGGUGAUUCUUCUGGCAAUGUCCUGCUUGUCACCUUUGAAGGUGUCCAGCCUAAUGAUGUUAGCAUAGAUGUUAUCCAUUUGGUAUUUUCUGCUUUUGGGUUUGUUCACAAGAUAGCAACGUUUGAGAAAGCCGCUGGUUUCCAGGCACUUAUCCAAUAUACUGAUGCUCCAACUGCUCUAGAGGCAAAAAAUUCGUUAGACGGAAGAAGCAUACCGAGGUAUCUACUGGCUGAACACGUCAGCAUUUGUCACCUGCGCAUAACAUUUUCUGCGCACAAAGAUUUGAAUAUUAAAUUUCAAUCACAUCGCAGCAGGGAUUACACAAAUCCUUAUCUUCCUGUUAAUCCAACUGCAAUCGAGGGAAUCACACAGCCCAUAUUAGGCUCUGAUGGGAAGAUUAAGGAGCCAGAGAGCAAUGUACUUUUAGCAUCAAUCGAGAACAUGCAGUAUGCUGUGGGAGUGGAUGUUCUACACACUGUGUUCUCUUCUUUUGGUGCUGUCCGAAAGAUUGCAAUGUUCGAGAAGAAUGGUGGAAUGCAGGCUCUAAUUCAGUAUCCAGAUAUAACAACAGCAGGAGUUGCUAAACAAGCUCUGGAGGGGCAUUGCAUAUAUGAUGGUGGUUACUGUAAGCUUCAUCUGUCAUACUCUCGUCAUACUGAUCUGAAUGUGAAGGCACAUGACGAGAGAAGCAGAGACUACACCGUCUCGGAUCGUAGUGCUCAGGUACAAGCUGCAGGUCAAGCCCCUGGUCUAAGCACUCCUGGAGCAGCAUGGCAAAGCACCACGCCUGCUGCUUUUUAUGGAAGCUCAGCAGGACCGACCUCUAUCGGACAAGCGCCAGCCUGGAAUCCUAACAUGCAGCGAGGGGCAUUUGCACCUGCAUCAACCUCGUACCCUACCCAAUUAUUGAUGGCAAACCCAGGCCCGCACUUUCCAGCAGUCGGAUCAAGCUCUGGUGCUCCUCCGAUGUUGUACCAAGCUUCGCAGCAGAUGGCACAUUAUGGCACAGCCCCUGCUGCUCUGCCUCAUGCAGCCUUGUCUGGCGAACCGAUGUACUUCCCAAAAUGAGCUAUUCAUCCAAUAGAGCAGUUGCCUAUGCUUUGUGCAGCACCUCUGGUCUUCAAUUUUUGGAACUGCACUGUAAUGCCGAUCUGUUUUUCUUGGUACUUGUGAGACCCCUGUGGCAAAUGUACCUGUCUGGCUGUUGGUGCCUGUAAACUGCACAACAAAAUGGAAAAUUACUCGAGCCAUGUCAGUUCAAUCCAAAACCUGAUGUUCUUUCUGCGCUUGAUAA